AAACGCAAAACUCUAAUUAGUAGAUUGUAUUGUCUGUUUACUUCCAAAUUUGCAAAUGUUUCAGUGUACACUUCUGUUUUAUUUUUUCAUAUUAGAUUUCUAUGUUGUAAUCUUACUAAUCGGUGCUGUGAGUGUUUGUCAUCAUCUCUCCAAUCCUCAAACUGUGUCCUGAGAGAGCUAGAUCUGAGUAACAAUGACCUGCAGGAUUCAGGAGUAAAGCUGCUCUCUGAUGGACUGAAGAGCCCAAACUGUCAGCUGCAGAAACUGAGGUUGUCCGGCUGUAUGGUGACAGAGGAAGGCUGUGGUUAUGUGUGUUCAGCUCUGAGUUCAAACCCCUCACACCUGAGAGAGCUGGAUCUGAGCUACAAUCACCCUGGAGAAUCAGGAGUCAAGCUGCUCUCCGACAAACUGAAGGAUCCAAACUAUAAACUGGAGAUACUCAAUGUGGUUCAUGGAGGAGAGUUCAGGAUGACAGCAGGACUGCGAAAGUAUGCCUGUGAUCUCAGACUGGAUCCAAACACAGCACACUCUCGUCUCAUUCUCUCUGAUGAGAACAGGAAAGCCACAUAUGUUUAUGGUCAUCAGCCGUAUCCUGAUCAUCCGGAGAGAUUUAAGAACUGCGAACAGGUUCUGUGUGGGGAGAGGUUGACUGGACGCUGUUACUGGGAGGCUGAAUGGAGCGGGUACAAUGCUGAUAUAUCAGUGUCAUAUAAAGGAGUCAACUGGAAAGGAGGAAGUGUGCUAGGGUUUGGAUCCAAUGCCAAUUCCUGGAGUCUGAUCUGCUCUGAACGCAAAUUCUCUGCCUGGCACAUUAAAAAGCGAACUUUCAUACCAGCCCCUUCACCCUUUUCUUAUAGAGUAGGUGUCUAUGUUGACGUGUCGGCUGGCACUCUGUCCUUCUACAGCGUCUCUGAUACACACACACUCACACACUUACACACAUUCAACACUACAUUCACUGAACCCCUCUAUGCUGGAUUCAGGGUGUAUUUAAACUCUUCAGUGUCUCUGUGUCCGAUUAAAACUUAGAGAAGCACACUCAUAUUAAACAACAUCCCUAUAUUAAGCAGCCGAACCAAUGCUAACAUAGAUACUUGGAGAUGAACAUUAUUGAAUGAGGACAGAGUUAAAUGAGAACAGACAGAACUCAUGAAUAAAUGCUUGUUCACUCCCAAAAGGAUAACUACAAUGAUUACUAGCUUGUACGUCAUGAACAUGGGGUCGGCUAUCACGCAGGCACGAUUGUCUCUCUUUUUUU